AUGAAUUUGAAAAAGUCUAGAGAGGAAAUUCCAAUUUGGUGGCGUUCUGAUUCCUCAUCAAAAAAGAAAAAUUCUGAAAAUAAAAAAAACCACUCUAAAGAUGUUAUUGAUGAAUCAGAUCAUUCUUUUAAAUCCAAAACUUUAAAAAAGUGGUUUCCUGAAACUAAGGUUGAUACUUCAUAUAAUCAUCACAAAAAAAGUAAAAAUGAAUGUAGUUAUAUCAAAAAGUCUCAUAAGGAAAAAUUAAAUAAAAAACCAGAAAAAGCUUAUCUAAGCAAAACUUCGUCUGGAAAUAAAUCAGCAUCAUCAAUUUGCUCUUCUAGACUAUCGUUUGUAAUUCCAGAUAACUACAAUUAUUCCAAAGAUCAUGGGACAGAAACAAUUUGCACUUCUUUUAAUAACAUAUCAUCAUCCUUAUCAUCACUCUCUUACAAUUUAGGUUCAUCUUCUUCACCAGAAUACUCAAAUUUUUCAUCAUUACCACCUACAUUUUCAUCUGCUACAAUCCCAGCUAGUAAUGUUUAUUCAUCAUCACUUUAUUCUUCAUCUUCAUCUUUGUCUUCAUCUUCGUCUUCAUCUUCGUCUUCAUCUUCAUCUUCAACUUCAUCCUCAUCUUCAUCCUCAUCUUCGACCUACUCAUCCUGUAUUACCUCAUGUUCAUCAUAUACUUCUACUUCCUACAUAGAAUCAUCGAUAUUGUCAAAUUCGUCAUCUAGUCUUACGCCAAAAAAAAGUUUGAAAAUAAGGAACAAGGAUGAAAAGAAAUUAAAGGAAGAGAGUGAACAAAAAUCAGUAGCAAAUGUAAUGAAAACAAUAAGUUCUUUAAAAAAAGAAAUGUUAGGUAUCCAAAAAUUACCACAAGUAAAUGAUAUUCCAUUAAAUCCAUAUUUCCUUGAUAAAUGGAAGAAAAACUUGGAAUUGAGUGAAAGGAAUAAGGAUCAGAAAAAUAAAAUUAUGGAAGAAAUCAGAAAAUUCGAAGGGUGGGAAAAUAUAGAGAAAAUGUUUUCAAAUAAGCAAGCACAUUCAGUAGAUGGAGAAGCUUUUUAUUCACUUAGCUUACGUUAUAUUGAUAUAACUACAAAAGAAAUUAUAAUUAGCGAUAAUAUUGAAUUAAAAAGUUUAGUUCCAAGAGUCACGUUAAAUAUUAAGAGUGGAUCUGAAUCUAACAAAAUAACACAACUUUCAAAAGAGGCUUUUUUAUCUCAAGGCUAUAAACUUGAAUGGGGUAGUAAUGAUUUGAAUGGCAAAGUUCAAAAAGAUUUCAAAGAAAUAAAUUUUUCCAUACCAAUAUAUCAGGUUGAGGAUAAUUGCAGUUAUCUUUCUCUAACAAUUGAAGGAGUGAAUUUAAAAGAUAUAAACAAUCCAAAUUCUACCUUAAUAAAAACUAAUACUAUUUUAGGUACUGCAUUUUGCCCAUUACCCAAACAAAAUGAAAAUUGGAAUAUCUCAAUCCCAAUUUACUCUUGUUUUCCUGAUGGGACAUUUCUGGAUUCGAAAAACUCACAGUUAAUUUCAAAUAUUUUCACAAAUGUAUUUAAAAAGUUGGGCAAAGUCAACUUUAAGUUAUCUAGGAAAGAGCCUAUAAGUGAGACAGAAGAACAAAGUGAAGAAAUACAAGAUCUAAAUCAACAUUCUCUUUCUAAAGAAAACAAAGCGACAAAAGAAAUUAGAAACGAAAUAUUAUCAUGUCUAUUAAGUAUGAAUUUGAUUGAAAAUAAGAUCAAUAUGGAGAAUUAUCAGAACCUAAAUAUAAAAAAAAGUAUUGUUACUGGUGAAGUUAUCCAAAGUAUAUUUUCCAAUGAUUGUUUAGAACAAGGAAACAGUAUUAAAGAGAAAGAAUUACAGUUGCGAGAGAGAGAAAUUCAAAUAAAGGAAAAGGAAUUAGAGCUUCAAAUGAAAAGUUUAAAUGUACAAAGCUUGGGACAAAAAGUGGAAUUUGAUAAUGUAAAAAAUCGUGAUGAAGUGCAAGUUAAGGAAGAAACAAAUAAAUCACCUUUUCAACCUAGUAAUUUAAACUAUGACAAAAAAUUAAAUUAUUUUAGAGUUAAAGAUAAGUCAAAAGAAAUGUAUAAUAGGAUUCAACUAGCUAGACAAAAGAAAAAUAAGAUCCUUCCACUAGCUUUGAAAAAAAAUAAUGUGACACCGAAACUAAUAAUAAAUAAAGAAAGUAAUCAAAAGGAAAAUUUAAAACAUUGUUGUAAACAUAAAAAAAAGAAUAAAAAAACAAAGGAAAAACAAAAGAAAAAUGAGAAUUCAAUAGAACACAAUUUAAAAGAACAAAAUAUAUAUUCCCCUGUUCAAAUACCUUUACUAGUUAAUAAUCUACCAUUUUCUCCACAAAUAUAUACAAACAAUGUUCCACAAAAUUAUGUAUUAUGUUAUCCUUCUGUUUCUAAUAUUAAUAAGGAGAAUAAUUUGGUUCAAACUCAAACACAAGUUCAAGUUCCACACGUAGCUUUAGAGGCGUUGAAAACACCAAGUAGAAAUCCGAAUAUACAAGAAGAAGCUGAUAUUCAUGAUAAUUUGGUAAAGAUUAAAAGAGAUAUAUCUCAUUAUAAUGCUGAAAUAUCAAAAGAUUUUAUAACAAGAGUUCCUAAACUAAAUAUAAAUUCAAUAAGUCAUUCAAAACUUUUUACAGAAGAUAAUAAAGUUAUUAGGAACUCAAGUAAUAUAAUAAAGAAAAAUUCAGAGAAAGCCAUAGCUGAGAGUGAAGAAAAGGAAAUAGAAGAAUUUUUGAAGGGUCAGUGGGGCCUAUUUUCAAUAAAUUGUGGGACUAUUUUGAAUGAAUCAGGAGUUUGUAGUAAUUCACUUUGUGAAAAUAAAAAUAAUGGUAGGAUAGAGUAUUCUAAAUGCGAGUUUACAAACACAGAAAUAGACAAUUGGAAGACCUGCCAAUAUUGUCAAAUGGAAAUGUUCCCAAGUCUUUAUUUUAUCAAUGUAAAACGACCGAAAUUUGUAGAAUUCUUCUUUGAUUCAGCUAUUCCAGUUUUCUUCCCCUCAAGACAAUUAAUUUGGCCAACUUCUCUUCAUUUUCUAUUGGCUCAAUUUUUUUCCGAUUAUUCAGAAGUAAGAGAUUGCAAAACACACGAUCAAAUAAUUGACCUUGCAAAUAAAAGAAAGAAUUCUUUAACAAUUGAAAUCCUUCCUAAUCUCGCCAUUAUUGUUUUAGCUAUAAAAGUUUUCCAACAUCCUGUGCUACAAAAACUACUGUUGACAUUUUCAGAAAAGGAGUUUUUUUUACUUAAAGAAUAUUGGAUUAAAUACGAUCCAAUUGUUAAUUUAGUUAGUUCAGACUCUAGAUUUAACCUCUCAAACCUUGGUGAGAACCUAAUUACAACUCUCGAAGAAUUAAGAAGUUAUAUACAAAAAAGUACAAAUUAA